CCACCGCUCCACAAACCGGAAAAGGCAGAGGGGCGUCUGUAUGUUCUGUGGAAGUCAGGGACAUUAUUCCGCAAUUGGGGUUAAUGUCUAACCUGGUUCAUUAGAAUAUAAGUUUACUUUCCACUCCAUCAUACAUAUUUAGUGACAGAGUGAACAGAGGCGAAUAGUUUGGGCCUGUUUUCCAUUCUGUGGCGAAAUAGCUAAGGCUAAGCAAUAGUCUUACAUAGAAGACACUGAAAAGGAACCACGAUGCAAGAGGAUUAUUUGUGAAGAGAGCGCCCCAUCACGUGCCAUGUCUCUGGUUUUCCCCCGGCCAAACACUAACACAGUCCACGGCAAGAAGGAUAAGAGACUGAUGGCGGAGGUGAACGCGUCACCACUCAAGCAUUUUGUCACAGCGAAGAAGAAGAUUAAUGGCAUCUUUGAACAGUUGGGGGCCUACAUUAAGGAGAGUUCAUCAUUUCUGCAAGAUGCUCACAAAAAUGAAGAGCUGGACCCAGUUACCACAGAGGAACAGGUCCAGGAGGUUCGAAGUUACCUCACCAAGGUAGCUGGGAUUGGGGAAGUCCUUGCCCGGAGGCAUAUGAAAGUGGUGUUUUUUGGGAGGACCAGUAAUGGAAAAAGCUCAGUGAUCAACGCAAUGUUGUGCGACAAGGUGCUGCCUUCCGGAAUUGGACACACCACCAACUGUUUCCUGAGGGUGGAGGGAACAGAUGGAAAUGAGGCCUUUAUCCUUACUGAAGGCUCAGAGGAGAGGAAGAGCAUUAAGACGGUGAACCAGCUGGCCCAUGCUCUCCACCAGGAUGAGAACCUUGAUGCAGGCAGCUUGGUCUGUGUUAUGUGGCCUAAAGCCAAGUGUGCUUUGCUAAGGGAUGAUCUGGUCUUGUUGGACAGCCCAGGUAUUGAUGUGACCACGGAAUUGGACAGCUGGAUCGACAGGUUCUGCUUGGAUGCCGAUGUAUUCGUACUUGUGGCAAACUCUGAGUCCACGCUGAUGCAGACGGAGAAGUCUUUUUUUCACAAAGUCAACGAAAGACUUUCAAGUCCCAACAUCUUCAUCCUUAACAACCGUUGGGACGCCUCAGCCUCAGAACCUGAAUACAUGGAAGAGGUGCGGCGACAGCAUAUGGACCGCUGUACCCAUUUCCUGGUCCACGAGCUUGGCGUUGUGGACCAAGCUCAGGCCAGCGACCGCAUCUUUUUCGUCUCUGCCAAGGAAGUUCUUCAGGCACGUGUGCAGAAAGCUCAAGGAAUGCCCGAAACAGGUGGAGCACUUGCUGAGGGAUUUCAAGCUAGAAUGUUUGAAUUCCAGAACUUUGAGAGGAGAUUUGAGGAGUGCAUCUCACAGUCGGCAGUGAAGACUAAGUUUGAGCAGCACACCGUGCGGGCCAAGCAAAUCUCUGAAGCCUUGCGGCACAUCAUGGAUGCAGUACACAUUGCUGCACAAGAGCAAAGGGUUUACUGUCUUGAGACCAAAGAAGACCGCCAGGAUCGACUGGAGUUCAUAGACAAGCAGUUGGACCUACUGACUAUGGACUGCAAGGCCAAGAUCAAGAAGCUCACAGAGGAGGUGGAGAGGCAGGUGUCUAAUUGCAUGGCAGAAGAAAUCAGAAAGCUCCACAUUCUGGUGGAUGAUUUUCACAUGGACUUCCACCCAGCCCCAGUGGUCCUUAAGGUCUACAAAAAAGAACUCCAUCGCCAUGUAGAAGAGUGUUUGGGCAAGAACAUGUCCGAGAGGUGCUCCACGACAAUCACCAGCGCUCUUCAGGCCACACAAGUGGACAUGAUAGAGGGUCUGAAGCCUCUUCUUCCCAGCCCAGUCAGAGAGCAGGUGGACAAACUGGUUCCCCGCCAGUGCUUCAGUCUUAAUUAUGAUCUGGCUUGCGACAAGCUGUGCAGUGACUUCCAGGAGGAUAUCAGCUUCCACUUCUCUUUGGGUUGGACGAUGCUGGUCAACCGCUUUCUUGGGCCCAAGAACACCCGACGGGCCCUCAUGGGCUACAGUGACCAGAUUCCUAGAUCCUUGGCACUUACUCCGGUCAGCACCAGCAUGCCUCCAUUCCCACAAAACUCUAUGACCCAGGAGGAGCUGAUGGUGUCCAUGGUGACGGGGCUUGCCUCCGUCACAUCCCGAACUUCCAUGGGUGUCCUUGUAGUUGGCGGUGUGAUCUGGAAAGCCGUAGGCUGGCGUCUGAUUGCAUUGUCCGUGGGUCUCUACGGUCUUCUCUUCAUCUAUGAGCGCCUCACCUGGACAACAAGGGCCAAAGAGCGUGCGUUCAAAAGACAGUUUGUCGACUACGCCAGCGAGAAGUUGCAGCUUAUUGUCAGCUACACGGGCUCCAACUGCAGCCACCAAGUUCAGCAAGAGCUAGCCGGGGUUUUUGCUCAGCUCUGCCAGCAGGUAGACGUGACCCGGCAGAAUAUUGAAGACGAGAUCACUGACAUGAAUGGCAAGAUUGAGCUGUUGGACGCCAUGCAGAGCAAAGCUAAGUUGCUGAGGAACAAGGCAGGCUGGCUGGACAGUGAGCUCAACAUGUUCACCCAACAGUACCUUCACCACAGCAAGUAAAGGUGACACAGCAUUUACCUGUGGAACUCAACACAGAAACAUUUAACAUAUCUAGUACAUAUUUUGCCUGAGCUGUGGGAUUCUUAUUUAUUGAAAUAUAAACGCAUCAGGUACUCUUAACAUAAGUGUGAUAUAAGUCAUAGCUUAGCUGGCGAAUGCGGCGCUCCUUUUUGUUACUUUGGCUCUGUCAAUACGAAGAAUGAUGGACUGCCGUGAACGAACUGAAGAAUUUGUGACUGGUUUGGAACGGAUCUUGUACAUGAACAAAAGGGGAGGGCAAAGGAAAGGGAUUAUUUUCAUUUAUUAUGUGAGGAAUUACCACCAUGAAAUGUAUGUCAAGAAACUGAGGAAAGUCUUGUGCUCAUGUAGAACAGGAAAUUAGGUUUGUCCCCUGCUAUGUUUUUGGUACAUAUAGACAACUUAUAUUGAUUGGCUAGUAUCCAAUAGCAAUGCUAAUCUAAAAAGAUACCACUUUGUCCCUGUCUGUCGUGUAUUCAUUCACAGUUGGUUGCGUAGCAGACAGAUGGGAAGUUUACUGUCUUGCCAGCGUCUGUCAGUAGAAGGGAUUCCAUUGGUUGGGUUGUUUUUGUGUGUGUGUAUGUAUGUAUGUAUGUGUACAGUAUAUAUAUUUAAAACAAUUGGACAAGUUGCAUUUCUCCUCUUGUAUGUAAACUUGGGAAUAUGAAAUGAUAUUGCACAUAUCAAAUGAGAUUUGUUCACAAUUAAAGACAAUUGCACUCUGACACAACUGAAUUGAAUCCAUAUACUUUUUAAAUAUAUUUUUUAGAGCAAUAUCGGUUGAACUCUGAACCCCCGAUGUCAUUUCCUGUCUCCCACUCAUCUCCCGCUAGCACCGUAACACAUUUACAGCAACACACAAUUUCUCUUAUUAUGUGUAGUGUAUUGGGUAAUAUGAAAGUAAAGAUGACACUGGUUUGACGAGACAAAAAGUUGAACUUUUUGGCAGGUCUGUCCCCCCCAAUCCAUCUGGUGUAAAAGUAACGCCCGCAUUUUGGAAAAAGAACAUCACACCAGCAGUAAAAUAUGGUGGUGGUAGUAUGAUGGUCUGUGGCUGUUUGGCUGCUUCAGAGCCUGGAAGACUUGCCGUGAUAAAUAGAA